AACAUUCCUAUGAAACGUUUCCUAAGCCAAAAUGGCAGAAAAUGAAGACGCGAUUGCCAUUAAUUUAUACGGAAAACUUUUUGAGCAUUCCAGGACGCCAAAAAUAACCUCUCUUAGGCUUCUUUGAUGCCUUCAGGACACAUCUUGCUGAUAGAUGCACAAAAUAAAUCAAGAUAAAAAACAGAUACUGGCAGACCCAUUUCAAAGCUGAGCUCAAUGCGGACAUACUGAGCAUAGUUCCUUGGGAAAAACGCUCUGCUAGGGCUGGGUGCUGCCUCUGCAAUGGCUUGGCUCCCUGCAAAACACACACGGAAAUUCUCAUGGGAUUUCUUGGCUCCUCUAAGACAGCAAAAACAGUUGAAAUGGCUAUGAGAAACCAGAGUACAUUGAGUGAAUUCACAUUGGUCUCCUUUCCUGUCAUCCAGGAGCUUCAAGUCUUGCUGUUUGUCAUUCUCCUGCUGGUUUAUAUGCUCAUCAUAACAGGAAACAUUGUCAUCAUUUCCUUAAUAUGGACUGAUAAUCGUCUCCAGACACCAAUGUAUUUCUUCCUUAGUAAUUUGUCAUUUUUGGACAUUUUGUUCACAACUACUAUUGCCCCAAAGUUGCUAGCUUGUCUCUUAGAAAAGAAGAAAACCAUAUCCUUUGCUGGCUGCAUCACUCAAGUUUAUUUCUACUUCUUUCUGGGGACUGUGGAGUUUAUCCUCCUAGCGGUGAUGUCCUUUGACCGCUAUGUGGCCAUCUGUAACCCCCUGCGCUAUACCAUCAUCAUGAGCAGUAGGCUCUGUCUCCUGCUGGUUCUGGGCUGCUGGGCGGGAGCCUUUCUCUCAGUGCUAUGCCCAACUAUUGUGGUGUCCAGAUUGCCCUACUGUCAUAGAGAAAUUAGUCAUUUCUUCUGUGACAUUGCCCCUUUACUGCAGGUGGCCUGCAUUGAUACCCACUUCAUUGAGAUGAUAAACUUCCUCUUAUCGUCCCUUGUGGUCCUGAGUUCACUGGUGCUCACCACCACAUCCUACACCUACAUCAUUUCUACCAUCAUGCGCAUCCCCUCAGCCCAAGGACGUCAGAAGGCCUUUUCCACCUGUGCUUCUCACAUCACAGUCGUCUCCAUUGCCUAUGGAAGCUCCAUCUUCACGUACGUGAGGCCCAACCAGAGCCAUUCACUGGAUUUUGAUAAAGUGACAGCUGUCCUCACUACAAUGGUGACCCCUCUUCUGAAUCCUUUCAUUUAUAGCUUGAGGAAUGAAAAGGUAAAGGAAGUCUUGAAAGAGUCAGUUAGCAGGAUAGUUCCACCACAUUCCAAGGGAACAUAACACUAAGCAAUUUCAGGACAUGUAAGCUAUGCUUUCUCUCUAUACCACCUUGUGCUGUAUGAAGACUGACACCAAAGUACAAAUGAAGUCUCAGAA